AUGUCAAAAAAUUUUACCUCUUCAUCAUUUCCAACGACAAGUUUAACCUCUUCCCCCUCACAAAAAAGUCUCAAUACAAAAGAUGAGCUACUUUUAAGAUGCAGAGAAACGAUAGAAAGUCUAAAUGACGAAAUUGAAAAUCAAAAACAACAAAGACGAGAAGUUGAGCUCUAUUGCAAAGAAAUUGAGCUAAAAAACCAAUCUUUAGAGACAAAAAUAAAAGAAUUAAAUUUUCGAACAAAUUCUUUAAGUGAAGAAAACGAAAAAAUUUUAAAUCAAAAAAAUAAUUUGGAGCAGGAGCUUGGGUAUAUAAAGAGAAAUGAUGGAAAAUAUUCACAGAAAAUUGGAGAGGUUCAAAGUGAGCUGGAAAAGGAAAAGACAGAAAAUAUUAGCUUAAAGCAGCAAUUAAAUGAAAAAGUUGAAGCAUUGAGAGAGACAAGUGGAAUCUUGCAAGGAUUUGAGAUGAAAAUUAAGAAGCUUGAAGAACAAAUUGAUUUGGCUACACAAGAAGCUGAAGAGUGGCGCCAAAAAUAUGAGGAUGCUGAAUUUAAAUGUGAUAGGCUGACUUCGCAGGUAAAAAUAGCUGAAGCUGUUAUACAGAAUCUAAAAAAAGCUCAAGAAGAUUGUCAAAGUAGCUUACAGCAAGAAAAACAAGUGCUUCAACAAAGAGAAAAAGAAAUGAAAGAAAAAUACCAAAAUUAUGAACAAAAAAUAAAGAAAAUGUAUAUGACGAGAGAAAAUGAAUUAAAACAAGAACUUAAGAAAACAAUUGAAGAAAUUCAACAAGGAGUAGAGCUAACUCUCCACAUAAUUUCGGGAGUAAACAAAAUAAUUUUGUACGCUUCCGAUUUUUUUUAAAAAUCCAUUAAUAAAUUUUAUUGUAAAAAUUUAUAAAAAAUCCAAACUUGAAACCUAAAAUUAAAUUAAUUUGUAAAAUUUAUGUUUAAAAAUGCAAGCUGUUUGAAAUUUAACAGAAUUAUCUAGAUAUUUCAUUAUAAUAAUUAUCAUUUAAAUAUCAAAAUAUUUUUUCAUAAAAAUUUUUAUAUUUAAAAACGUUUUUGUUCGCCCACGGAGGGAGUUUUUUUAUUCAAACACGGAGGGAGGAGAGUAAGUAGUGCUGAAUACCAAAAAACUCGAAAUGAAAAUUUAAAUUUAAAAGAAAUCAUCAAAAAAUAUCAAGAUAAAGAAUUUGAGUACCAAAAUGUGUUAAAGGACACAAGCGCCUUUGAAGCUGAAAUUGCAAAUUUGCAAAAAAUUAUUGAAGAAUUAAAUGAAAAAUUGAUAAGUGGACAACAAAAGUAUCAAAAGCAUAUGGACUCUUAUAACGAGACCGAAAAAACAUUAUAUGAAAAGCUGGAAAUUAAAGAAAAAGAAAUUGAAAGCCUUAAAAAAGAGCUUAAUAAUUGUGUCGUGAAUUUAGAAGAAAAUUUAAGUUUGAAAUUACUGUUGGAAGAGCAAGCAAAGCAAUUAAAAAUAAGGGAUAUAGAAAUCCAAAGGUUUUUAUCCCAAGAAAAAGAAUAUGAGUAUAUAGCCUAUGAGCUUAAAUUGCUUACUCCCCCCCCCCAUCCUUGAUCGAACGAUUGACUGUAAAAAUUCCUAAAAAUUGGAGAAAUUAACCCCCAUCCUUGAUCGAACGAUUUUCAUAUCAUGCAAAUUUUUAUAUAUAUAAAAAAAUAUUAGUUAUCAAAUGCUUUGGAAGAUGUGCCUAAUGAAGUUGUUUUCAGAGCUUUGAGACGACAGAAAGCUGCGAAAUCAACCAUCCGAAGUGAUUUAGACAUCAACAUAGGCUUAAAAGCUCAAUAAUCUAAUAAAAUAGAGAUUCUUUAAAAUUUUUAAAAAAUAUUUAAUUUAAAUUAAAAUUUAUACAGUUUUAAAAGGGUAACUAAUAAAUCAAAAUAUUAAAAAUUGGUAUUUUUAUGAAAUUAAUUCAAUUUUUGCUGUAAAAAUAAUUAUUAAAUGCUCUUAACCCUCUUAUUUAAAGUAAAUAAAAAAAAUCUAUAUAUAUCUUUUUCAUUUUAUAUAUAAAAUUUUUUUCCCAAAAAAAUUUUUUUAAACCCCCAUCCUUGAUCGAACGAUGGCGAGUCGUUCGAUCAAGGAUGGGGGGGGGAAUUAUUAAAUUCCUUUAGUAGCAAUAUUUUUGCCCUUUGGAUAAGCCAUAAUAAUUUUUCUAAAAAAAAUUUAAAAUUUUAUUCUCCAUGCCUUUAGGAAAAAUAUCGAAAAGGCCAGACUUUAAGGUCAAAUGGCCAUAAUUUAAUUUUAUUAUUAUUUGUAAAAAAAUAAGCAUUUGUAUGACCUAUUUAACAGAAAAUGGAACUACUCGUCACAAGCUAAAUGAGCUUUUAAGCUAUAACAUAGCAAAAAUGAAAGAAAACCAUCUACAAGAGCUGAAAAAACUAAGCUACACAUAUGAAGAUAAAAUAGAUGCUUUAAAAUCUACAAUAAAACAAAAAUUAAGAAAAGAAUUUGAAGAUUUGGUGGAUAAGAGUUCCAAAGCAAGUAAAAAAUUAGAAAUUGAAUUAAAUGAACUGAAAACUAAAGUAAAAUCCCAAGAAAAUGUUAUAGAAGAACUGGAAAAAGAAAAAGAAGAAAACGAGAUAUACAGAAGCAGCGGAAACUUUGUUGAAGAAUUAGAAAACGCAAGGAAGACUAUAGGGAAUUUAGAGCUAGAAAUUAAAUAUUAUGAGGAUGAAAAUAAUCUUUUGAAUGAAAAAAUCAAGCAAGACAGCUCGCUCUAUAAGCGUGAAAUGUCAAGAAAAGAUGAUGAAAUACUAAAAAUGAAGAGAAAGAUUGAGGCUUGGUCAAAUAUUUAA